GCGCGUAGUGGGGAAAAGAGUAGUAGAAGUAGUAGUAGUAGUCGCCCGCAGUCACCGACGACGGCCGGCACCACUGCAGCGUGUGUGUGUUAUAUUGCACGUACGUAGGUUAGAUUAUUAUUAUUAUUAUUAUUAUUAUUGUUAUUGUUAUUAUUACCACUGCCUUUGCCUGGACCGACGAGGGAAACGAAGUUAGACGCCGUUGAGGGACACGCGACCGCCCGACCAUUAAUUCGGGCCGGAAGAAAAGCUUUGUCAAUAUAUGAUAUACGUCCAUCGCAGAGGUAAGCCCGCUCGAAUAUUUUAUUACAUUUUAUACUGGUAUAUUAUAUUCGUAUAUAAUAUUACGUCAGUUGCGUAUUGAAUUAUUCGCGCUGCUCGCGGAAAAACCGUUUCCGGGGCACCCUGCCCCGCCACCCCACCCGGCGAGUACCAUUCCGUUAGGACUGCCUGCACUCCCACCCCGUACGCGAUGCACUCUUCGUCAGCGGUGCAACAGGCGCACCACCACCGUCAACAGCAACAAAAGCAGCAGCAGCAGCAGCAACAGCAGCAGCAACAACAACAUCAACAGCAAUCUCCAUCGUCUAACAACAACAACAACAACAAUAAAGACGACGUGGCUAUGGGACAACUGUUGCAGAGAUCGCUGCAAAACGUCGCCCUGUCACUGCAAACCACGUUCGUGUCGUCGCUGCAGCAGGCAGCUUUACUGCCACCCGAUUCGCCGGUGGCAGCGGCACUCAACCUGCAAGCCCUCGAAUCGUACAUCACGCUGCAGCGACUGACCGCCGUUCCCCGUCAACCCGCGUUGACCGCAGUGACCGUCGACCGAGCGCACGCCACUGGCAGUGUAGUGGUUGUGCACGAAAUGUUGGAUGACGAAGACGACGACGACGGCGUCAAAUGCGGCAAUCCGUCCUCGUUGGACGCUGAAGACGAUUACCUCGACGACGACAACGACGACCCCGACGAAAGACCAGCGGCUUUGGACGCCAGCGGAGUUGCAGCUAAAGCCGCCGCUACGGCAGCCAUCGUCGUGGCUGCCACUAGGGGAGGGCGUCUCCCAGCGUUCGCUAAAGAACUGUCCAGCCUGUCUCCCAGAGCUAACAGGCUGUCCACCUCGUUGACCGCUGCCGCAGUCUGCUCCACGGCGAUUGUCGACGAAGAUACUUCAGUCUCAGCUACUGCAGACGUCGCCGAUGAACCCAUCGACGCCUCGCUACAUCUGCACCACCACCAGGAAAACAACAACGGGCCCGUCCCGAGACCCAAGAAACAGUUCAUCUGCAGAUUCUGCAACAGGCACUUCACCAAGUCAUACAACCUGCUCAUACACGAGCGCACCCACACGGACGAACGGCCGUACUCGUGUGAUAUUUGUAAAAAAGCUUUCAGGAGACAGGACCAUCUCAGGGAUCACAGGUACAUUCACUCCAAGGAAAAACCGUUUAAGUGCCUGGAGUGUGGCAAAGGGUUUUGCCAGUCACGUACAUUGGCCGUGCACAAGAUUCUUCACCUAGAAGAGUCGCCGCACAAGUGUCCGGUGUGCAGCCGAAGCUUCAAUCAGCGGUCCAACCUGAAGACACACCUGUUGACGCACACCGACAUCAAGCCGUACAACUGUCCGACGUGCAGUAAAGUAUUCCGCAGGAAUUGCGACCUGCGCCGACACAGCCUCACGCACAACUUGUCGCCUGUGUCUGCGGCGUCGGUCCAGCUGGCGUACGCAACUACCGAACUGCAGUCAGCCGCGAUCAUUGCCAACGCACACGGACGCGACAACGACGCCGUUACGGCCACGGACGAUUGUGGCCGCUGAUCUCAUUUCGAAAGAAAGAAAAAAUAAAUUUUAAAAAACGCGAAUCUAUCCCACCCUCCUCCCCGAACCACCGCAAUGAACACCACGGUAUUGUGUUUUUUAUUUUUAAAUUAAACAUAGGCAACCGAAUACGCGAAAAUAUCAUAUAAAACGUGCGAACGAUGAGUGUAGUUUUAUUCAUUUUUUAUUCGUAUGUAGGUAUAAUAUAUAUAUAUAUAUGUGUGUGUGUAAUGUGUAUGUCAGAGGAUAACCUAACCAUGUUUUCUUGUUUCCGUUACUCCGCGGUGGACUGAUAUGUAUAAUACGAGUAUAUUAUACGAUCCCCUCGUUCUAGCUGUUUAUAUUUAAUUAUUAUAUAAUGAUUAUUAUUUUAUUUUUUUUUUACGUGAUUUAUAAUUACUUUACUCACUAAAUUACACGCUCGUCAUGAUAAAUGUUAUUUAAACACAUUAUUAUGGUACAGUAACCGCCCGUCUAUUCAUCGUUGUAAAACGUGUACAUAUAAUAAUAUAUUCAUGUUAUAUUUGCGAUUUGUUAGAGAAAAACUCCUAUAAUACUAAUUUGUAAGUUGUGUACAUAAUAAAUGAUUUAUAUAAUUUAUUA